AGAAGUAGUUGAUUUUGCAGACAGCAGAAGUUACUCCUCCCCUUCCAUUCCAUCCCAUCAUCCGCUCAACCCAACCCAACCCAACCCUAAAGAAUACUUAAAUUAUUUCUCCAUCAUCACCAGAAAAAAAGGAAAAUAGGAAAAAAAAAGAAGAAGACCCUUUUUCUCUCUUGAAACAGAAGAGAAGAGAAGAGACCAAGAACAAGAAGGUGAAAGAAAGGAAGAGAGGAGAGAAUAAUGGAGGGUUCUGAGCUCUUACCAAACCACAACAGCAAUGGAGACUAAGAAAAAAAGAGAAAAAAUAGGAAACCACAUUGCUAUUACUGUUCCCAAUGGGGAAGGCAGAGGAUGAGCAGCCUUUACCAGGCUCAAUUGUGGAUGAAGCUCAAAGAAGAAUUGAUGAGCAGAAUAAUGUAGGAAAUAGUGAUAGGAGAGCGUGCUGCUUCUGCUGCUGGAACAGGAGCAGCAGGUUGAAGAGGGUUGUGAGUUUUAGAUGUGUGUUUGCUUUGGUGCUUGGAUUAGGAGUCUUGCUCUCUGCUUUCUUUUUGUUGCCAUUUUUCCAUUAUGGAGAUCAGAAGGAUCUGGAUCUGGAUUCUGAGUUUGGAGGUCAUGCAAUAGUAGCAAGCUUUAUGGUCGAUAAACCAGCUUCAUUUUUGGAAGACUAUGUCUUGCAACUUGAGGAUGAUAUUUUUGAGGAAAUUAGCUUUCUCACCACUAAAGUGGAAGUACUAAAAUUAGAACCUUCUGCUGGACCAAAUACAACAAAAGUUGUCUUUGCAGUUGAUUCUGAUGUGACAACUCAAAGUUUAAUCAGGGCUACUUUUGUAUCUAUCUUAAUACAUCAAUCUCCUCUUGGUCUGACUGCAUCCUUGUUCGGGACCCCUUAUUCUUUUGAGGUGCUGAAAUUCUUUGGAGGGAUCUAUCACUCCUAUGCAAACAAGGGAGUCAUAUUGGUAAAAAGAAGGUUGCCAGAUUACUGA